AUGCGCCGUAGCGUCAUUCGUACACGCAAGGAGUUCCUCGAGCGCAAGCAGCACGAGCGCGUUCACGAGGCGAUCCACGCCCGCAAGGAACAGUUCCGCAAUGCACUGGAGACCACCACCCCGCUUCCCGGGCACCUCAAGAAGGAUGCGCUGGCUCUGAAGAAGUUUACGGAGCUUGAUGACGCUCAAACCCGCCAUCUGGCGACGACGGUCGAUGACGAGUACGCCUCCGCCGGCCAGGAGGACCCGCACGUGCUCGUCACGACGUCUCGCAACGCGUCCCAAAAGCUGCUGGAGUUUGCGAAGGAGGUGCGGCUCAUCGUGCCGAAUGCCGUGCGCAUGAAUCGCGGUAGUCUCAGCGUGCAUCAGCUCAUGUACGCUGCCCGAAAGGAGAACUACACAGAUGUGGUGGUGCUGCAGGAGUCGCAGGGCGUACCGGAUAGCUUGAUUGUCUCUCAUCUCCCCCUAGGCCCCACCGUGACCUUCACCAUUCACAACCUUGUAGCACGCCACGACAUCGACGGCGUAGGCACCAUGUCGGAGCAGUAUCCGCACCUCAUCUUCGAAAACUUCUCUACCAAGCUCGGCCUCCGCAUAAAGGACGUGCUGCGCUACCUCUUCCCAGUGCCCAAGGCCGACGCAUCCCGUGUUCUAACCUUUGACAACGAGAACGACUUCAUUAGCGUCCGCCACCACACCUUCAAGAAGGAGAAGGGUAAGAGGCAGGUGGAGCUGACGGAGGUGGGUCCGCGGUUUGAGCUGACCCCAUAUCGCGUUGUGCUCGGCACACUCGAGAUGGACGAUGCAGAGACGGAGUGGGUGCUGCAGCCGUACAUGAACACCGCGAAGAAGCGCCGACUCUUGUAG